GGGAUGCUCAGAAAAGAGGUGUCCAAGUACGGGGCUUCCGCCCAGCAUCCUGAUUUGGGCAAAAAGAGCACGUGGUUUCUGUGAGUCCUCCCCUUGUGUAACCCCAUUGCCUGCACUGAGCUUGGGGAUCGUUCACCUACACCAGCCCUGCAGAGCUCACUACUGCAAUAGCAAAUGAACCACACAAGGGGACCUUAAUCUCCCUUUUUAAUGAAAAAAAAAACAACCCAACAACUUAACACAUGGAGAGCUCCCCAGAGCAGGCAGUAAUUCCUCUUCAUACCCCAAAACCACAGAGCAGAGCCAUGUGGGUAGGAGCCCAGUGCCCUGCCUUGUGGUGGCUGGAGCAACGUGGUGCUGCACUGCUUUUUUCAAGGCAAAGAGGAGAGAGAGGGCCUAGAAACCCAAAAAUGCCUACAAGCUAUGGUCCUGCACCUCCCAAAAUACAGUUACCUUGACUGGGAUCAGCUGAAACUGUUUCUUAUCCUUGUUAAUCUAAUUGCCUGUGGGAGGGGGAGGAAGGCUGGGAUCAAGGGAAUGCAGCAGUGCCCACUGAGGCAGGGAUGCAGGUUGCAGGGAGCUGUUACUGAGCACUACUCCAGGACUUGGUAUCCUUUGGAACACACCAUAGCACUGACAGAAUGUGUCCCAAUCUCCCUUCUCCCACACUGUGAUGUCACCAAUGACAUACAGACCACAAAGACAUAAAGGAGCCUCCAGAACAGAGACACCAGGGCCCCAUUCCCUUUCCACACAAGUUCUCCAGCCCUGUGCAGUGCCUGUAAGCCACCCCAAGAUCCACCAGGAUCCAGCAUCCCUGUGGCCGCAGCACCAUGUUCCUCUUUGCCCAAAAGCACAAGACUCCUGUCAGCACCUACACCGAUGCUUACCGGCCACCAUGCUCCAUGAAAAAGGCCAUCUAUGAGAAGGCUCCACUGCAGCUAUGGAAUGAAAACAAAUUUGUGACCCAGGGAUUAACAAUGCCCCAGGAGCAAAAUAUGUCUCACCAAGGUCAGCCUGAGAAGCUGAUUAAAGCUGUGAUGCAGGAGUAUUUGUACCGGAAUGCCAUUGACCCCACUGCUUACUGGCCUGAGAAAUAUUGGCUGACCAAACUUGAAGAGAAAUACAGCCCAGUUUUUGUCAAUGAGGACAAAUACAUCACCUGGCGAGCAGGACCCUACAACAGUGCAGCCUGGAACAAGUACAGCACCUACCUCCCCCUGCCACCCAAGGAGCAGAGAAUGGAGACUUUUCUUCAAAGCAUACCUGUGCCAUAUCCCCCGAAACCUGCCUGCCUCAACCAAUAUGAGAGGGAGGUGGUUGCUGACAUGCUGCGCAGGCUGUCACGGCUCUCACCAUCAUCCCUGCAGCCUGUGUACACUGUGUCAGGGAGGAGACCCUUCCAGGGCUAUUACAGCCCAUGCUCUGGUCGCCACUACUGCCUGCGAGGGAUGGACUACUAUGUUGAUGGGGACCCUGCCAUCAGGAGGCAUCUCCAUGCGCUAGCAGAACGGACUGUAAGGAGCAUCCCAUGUUGCAAUUACAGCCCUAUGGUGACAUUCUGUGCACCUACACAUCAUCCCCGGCCAUCAUACCCAUAUAUGAGCCCUAGGUGGGACUCCAGCCACUUCAAGAAGCUGGGAGGAGUGCAGAGAAGCAGCUACACCAUCCACCCCGAGUUCGCCUCAGAGAUGUACCAUGCACCUGCACAUUAG